UCUUCACCGACUCAAAUCGGCUUUCUCAAGAAAUCCAAAUUCCCUAAAGACUGGAGAAAAAUUGUGCGUGAAGCGAAAUACUUCUCUGGAAAAAUCUUUAAUGAUACAUAAGGAAUUUUCUAGACUUGGUUAAUUGAUUGCGAAUAUUUUGAUUGUUGUUUCAGUUUUUCGAUUAGGGCAUUCUAAUUUUCGAUCUGGUUGAUGAUUUUCUUUUUCUGAAAAGCGCGAGAGAUUUUAUCGAUCCAUCUUUAAUUUCUUAGGGUUUCAUUCUUCUACAAAGCUUUCGAUUCCAUUUAAUUCUAUCACGAACGAUCAGAAUCCGAUGAUAAAUCAGGCUCAAAUGAUUAGUUUGAGCCAUCCGCAGAUGGCAAACCAGCCUCAUGUAAUCAAUCAGUCUCAAGUUAUGAACCAGCAACAGGUGAUUAAUCAACCUCAAUUUCUGAACCAUUCUCAGAUGAUGUCUCAGUCGCAGCCAAAUCUUUUGCCGCAGCCUCAGGCCAUGUUGCAGUCCCAGACGAUCAUCGGUCAGACUCAGCCGCCGAUGAUGAGUAACAACUAUAAGGUAUGGUCACACCCGCAGGCUCCUUUAAAUCCUAACAAGAAGCUUCGGAACUUCUCGAAGCCUAACUAUGGAAAUAUGAAGCAGUCGAGGUCGGGGAGAGGCAAUUGGAAGGGAAAAGGGGUUAAUGACACAAGGAUAAACGAUAGGAGAACGGUAAAACCCUUACCUGGUUCCGUAACUGCUCCAAAUAAUGCUGGAUGGUAUCGACCUCCAAAUCUUCAUGAGUUGCAGUCUCAAAAUCGUAAUAAAGCUCGAAAGUUCUAUUCAAAAAAGAAGUUCAAUAAUAGGUUUGCACCUUAUGCGCCUCGGAAUACCUCGUCUUUUAUAAUUCGUGCAAAGAAGUCUGGUGGGAUCGCUUCACUUGUGUCUCCUUGCCCUGUAACACCAGCCGUGCUGCCUACUCCAAUGUUCUCCCCUUCAAGAGAGGCGUUGGGUGAUAUGGCGAGAGAAGAAUGGGGUGUUGAUGGUUAUGGAUCAAUGAAAGGGUUGAUAAGGCUUCGAGGGUCUGAGAAUAAGGCGGAAGUGCAGGAGGAAGAAGAAGAGGAAGGUAGUGGUGGGUCGAGUGAUAGUGAUGAUGAGGAACAUCUGGAGGUAGAACGCAGAUUGGACCAUGACUUGAGCCGAUUUGAAAUGAUAUACCAGAACUAUGGAGUAGAGUAUAAUAACUGUUUGGAAAAUAGGGUCGAUGAUCAGGAUAGCCAUAUAGCUCAGUUGGAGGAGGAGAACUUGACUCUGAAGGAGAGACUUUUUCUUAUGGAGACAGAGCUUGUUGAGUUGAGGAGGAAGUUGCAACUUCACGAGGGCAAAAACCCAGUUAUUCAGGAUGUGAUGGAGGAGGGAGUGGAGAAUGUAUCUGAGAAUGAAAGUGAUGGAGGGUUGGAGAUGUAUGGAGCAUGUAUCUGAGAUUAGACCAAACCAAGAUGUUGAUUUCAAGGAGGACGAUGAAGAAGUCUUAGAGAUUGAGGGGACGUGAUUAAACAGGAAUGCAUACACUACUACAGUAAUUUUGGGUAUAGAUGACAUUUAACUUUAAGAAAUGGGAAGAAAAUAUACAGUGAAGUACCAACAAACUGUCAUAAAAGCGAGGGGCGGGGCUGGGAUGACGAUUAUAACUGCAAUCUAUUUUUUUUAACUGAAAUUAAUUUCUUACAUCAAAUUGGGAACUUGCACUGACCCUCAUUUUCAUCCCAAAACCAGGUGUGCUACCUUUCUUUUCCUUGAAAUCCCUUUCACUUUACCUUCUCACCCACCUUGGAAUAACCUUUGCUUACCAAGAAAGAAGAUAACGAUCCUGACGUUCAAAGCCGCCGCCAUUGAAGUGCCCUGCCUUCUAGGCAUUGAGAUUGAAGUUGCGGCCAUUGAAACAACUUCCCGUUGUAUUCAGGUUCAAUUCGAAACUCCUGUUGAAAUUUGUCUUGACAAAGUAGAAUAUACCAUGCGAGAUUCAAUUGCUGCAGAAGAAAGUCUUCUAUUUGUUAAAUGCUUCAAGUUUCCAAAAUUCAUUUUUUUCUUUUGAAAGAUUUUUCGAUUCGAGUAAAAGAUAUACAUUCCUUAUGAAGAAAAGAUUAAUCAAAACAAUGUGGGCCUUUAAGGAUGUCGAUCUUCGUAGUUUGGUCUCUACUAAUUGUGUAAUUUGCCGGUGACUCCAAUCCUGGGUGCAUGGAUAUUUUUGGGAGGGAAGAAGAUGAUAGUUUUGAGGAAAGAGAGGACACCAUGGGGUCCAAUUGUGCAAGCGGUGAGAGAAUGUGAAGGUGGGUGAUGUGGCCGUGCCUAAGAGACAGGGAAUGAUAUGAAUCAACAGAUUUCUCUGAUUUUUUUCUCCCUCUUGGGCAUGAUGAAUUAAGCCAAGGCAACAUCAAUUAGUGUUGUGAUAGUGUUAGCACAUUAUGGCGAUGUUGAUGUUGUGAGAGCUAUGGUCCAAUUGUGAACACUAGUAGUUGUCUAACCCAUCAUUAAAAUUCUUGUAAUUUGGUUACUCAUCAUUUACUAAAGAUGAUUAAAGAUUAAAAAAACGAUGAAUGUUUUCACUACGAGCAAGAAAUAAGCUGAUUUUGUUGCAA